AUGUCAAAUGUUGAUUUAUCUAGCGAUGGCCUGAUAGGCGUCGACUAUGAUUCAAGAGGCUAUUUACACCAACCAUGGCCUGUGGCGGUUGACCAGGCGCCCCCACGGUCAGAUGAAGGCCAUGGUCUCUCACCCUUACAAACCAGCGGUCACCCCCUGGAACAGUCGGUGACCCAGGAUUCAAAUCUCAUGGUCGACUGGCACUUUCAAUCGCUCCAACACGCCCCUCACCACCACCACCUUCCAUAUUCAUCCGAGGACCCGUCGCCGCAAUUUACCACCAGUUAUGGCAUGCCCAUGCAAUCCUCCCCCGUCGAUCUCAUGGCCGGACAGGGCCAUAUGGGGGCCGGUUUGCUCGACGGGCCUUAUCUGCCCAUGUCCGCCCCGGUCGACAUGGUCCCAUUCACGUAUCAGGAUUUCCAGCCGGACUUGAUGGCCUUCCCCAACGGACUUCCGCCAAACGGGCUCACGGACGUCUAUCAUGCCCCGCACCACGUUCUCGAGAGCAGCUCCCCCACCGAUACUUAUUUGGAGGUUCGCUCCUUGUCCAGCAGCGACAACGGCUGGAGUACCAUCGACCAUCGUCGCUCUCUCGAUUUUGGUUACCCCGAACAAGGCGUUUUUGUCAACCCCACCCAGACCCUACACGACCGCAGUCUCUCCGAGUCUUCAUAUUCAACUUCGUACGGCAGUUUCGUGGAUAUCACAAACCCCAUCGGCUCUCCCGGCUCUGAAAACAAUAUGGACUUGCCGUGCUAUACUCAUGCUCAUGGUCAUGGCCACAGCCAUAGCCAUAGUCACAGUCAUAGCCAUAGCAGCCAUAGUCACAGUCACUCUCACAGCAGCUCGAUCGGCAUGCCUGCCACCUCCCCGACGAGUAGCUCGGUGGUCCGUCGUGGACAAUCUGCCGGUUCUCGCUCGCCGUCUGCCGUGAGUCCUACCGGGAUGGUGCGGCCAGUUCCUGUCCCUAUCAAGAAGUCUACAUCUCCGGCCCGCUCAGCGGGAUCUCAAUCAUCCGCCUCACCCCCGAGCAGGAAACCCUCCCGCAAGAGCCCGAUCGCUGCCAAGACAGCUGAGACCAAGGUCCGCAAGCAGUCACAAACUGGCAAGCCCGAGACUGAAAAGCGGGUCGGCAAGAGAAAGGGUCCCUUGAAGCCUGACCAGCGUAAGCAAGCCAGCGAGAUCCGCAAGCUGCGCGCCUGUUUGCGUUGCAAGUUCCUCAAGAAGACCUGUGACAAGGGUGAGCCAUGUGCAGGCUGCCAACCAUCUCACGCACGGUUAUGGCAGGUGCCCUGCACUCGUAUUGAUAUCAAGGAGAUUGGAUAUUUCAUGAAGGACUGGAAGGCGGACUAUGAGCGCCACAUUUCAAUGGGCUUCUCGGUCGGAAACAUCAAGGGAUUCUCUGACCAAGAACGCACCUUGUUCAUCACUCACGGCUACGGACAGAUUCUCCCCAUCAACGCACGUGAAGUCUACGUCCGUGACGAGCAAUGCUUCACCGUUGACUGGAUCGAGUCUAUGCAGCGUGACCCCACGCAAUACGAAGUCGAGACCGCCAAGCUCUCCGCUGGUAUGGAGGGUAUUUCCCAUGCCAUGUUGUCUGAUUAUCUCGACCGCCACAUCGACGGUAACGGUACCUUUGAGAAGUUCGUCGAUGAUUACUUCGAGGGCACCCCCUUCCUGACCCAGAUGCUGAAGACCGCCUUCCGCUUCUACUUCCGCACUAAGCUACCGGUCAUCCGCAAAGCGCUGAAGCUGAUCGUCGCCUACAACCUGACCCUCCACGUCACGAUGGUUGAAGGAAUCGGUGAGGAGGAAGGUUUCCUGGGCAAGAUUGAAGAUCUUGGUUCCAAAUUCUCCGGCAAGACCAUGGCCCCCGUCAUGAUCAACUUCCAGAUUAAAUGUGCUAUGGCUAGCAUGUGGCGCGAGCUCCAAAAGGACGUCCUGGAAGAGCUUUCCGCCCUCUACUCAAGCGUCUACAGCGGAGAUAAGCUCAAGAACUGGCCCACGAUCUUCAUCCUGGCCUCCAUUCUUCUCGCUGUGUGGGAAGAAAUGCAGUUUGACAGCCACUACCGCACCCCCGAUGCCGCCGCCGUCGACAAGUUCUGCACGGACAUGGAAACUACCCCCGUGGGUGUCAUCAAGCACCACCAGCUCCUGUACUCCAACCCCGACGUGUGCAACACAAUGACCGAAGUGCGUCAACACGUCGAACAACACGAGAGCUACCUUCGCAGCCGCACCGGCCAAAAGUUCGAUCGCGGCGACUUCGACUGCCUCUCCAACAAAUUUGUGUCGCGACUUGUCAUUCGCGCCAACUAA